AUGAAUAUCGUGAAAAAGCUUCUUCUGUUUCAUCUUUUAAUUAUUUUUCAACAGAUAUUUUUCUCAUCACUGAGUAACGCAAAAAAGGAAAAAAUGAAUCCUAUGGACUUCUUUCCUAGCAGUUCUUUGCUCUACCCCUUGGAUUUUCAAAAAAAUUGGCAAGCGUCAGAACCCAUUCCCGUUGAUAUUCAUUACGAUGUUCCAGCAUAUGGAUACAAAGAUUUACUUAUGGCACUUGAAUAUCAUAAUGAUUUGGAGAAUUAUGACAAAGAGAGGGGAGAAAUAAAAAGACGAAUCAUAAACGAGCAAAAUAGGAUGGAAGAAAACUUAUGGAGAAAAAUUCAAAUAGUCAAGAUGAAGGAAAAAAAUAGGCAAAAUCAGAAAAUUUUGAGGGCCCGCAAAGAUGAGGUAUAA